GAGAAGAAAGGCAUGCCCAUUUUGUCAAAUUUUUCGACUGCGAUGCAUAUAUGGCUUUCGCGUUACAGCUUCCCGCGGCAAUGUCUAGCCGCCUCUAGAAUCUAGAUCACCUCCGCGCCGUUCACUCCCGAACGCGCAGCGGGCCAGCGGCAAUCAGGCAAUGGCGGCUCCCGCUCUCCCCGUCGCGCCGCCCGUUCCCGCGCACGCGCCGCUCGUCCUCGCCACCCGCCGGAGGUCGCCGCCGUCGGCCUCCGAUCCGCCGCGGCGCCCUAGGGCAGGCCCGCUGGUACGCGCGACGUCGGUCGCGGCGGCGGAGAGUGGGUGGGCGCCGGGCAGCUGGAGGUCGCGGCCGGUACGGCAGAUCCCGGAGUACCCGGACGCGGCGGCGCUGGAGGAGGCGGAGCGCGUGCUGGCGUCGUUCCCGCCGCUGGUGUUCGCGGGGGAGGCACGGAUGCUGGAGGAGCGGCUCGGGGAUGCCGCCGUGGGUCGCGCCUUCCUCCUGCAGGGCGGCGACUGCGCCGAGAGCUUCAAGGAGUUCGGCGCCAACAACAUCCGCGACACCUUCCGCCUCAUGCUCCAGAUGGCCGUCGUCCUCACCUUCGGUGGCCAGAUGCCCACCAUCAAGGUUGGGAGGAUGGCUGGCCAAUUUGCAAAGCCAAGAUCAAACCCAGUUGAGACUAUAGAUGGAGUGACACUUCCUUCCUAUCAAGGGGAUAUCAUCAAUAACGAUGCUUUUGACGAGAAAUCGCGCGCACCAGAUCCUCAAAGGUUGAUCAGAGCCUACAGCCAGUCUGCGAGCACCCUGAAUCUUUUGAGAGGAUUUGCCCAUGGAGGAUAUGCCGAUCUUCAGAGAGUCACCCAGUGGAACCUUGACUUCUUGAGGCACAGCUUGCAGGGAGAAAGGUAUGUGGAGCUUGCCCAGAGGGUUCAAGACGCCAUUGGGUUCAUGUUUGCUGCUGGUCUGCCUCGUCAGCACCCCAUGAUGACCACAGCUGAAUUCUGGACAUCUCAUGAGUGUCUUCACUUGCCAUACGAGCAGGCACUGACCAGGGAGGACUCCAUUUCUGGCCUCUACUAUGACUGCUCUGCCCACAUGCUCUGGGUUGGAGAGAGGACUAGGCAGCUGGAUGGUGCUCAUGUUGAAUUCCUCCGUGGCAUUUCCAAUCCUCUUGGUGUAAAGGUGAGUGAUAAGCUUGAGCCAUCAGAGCUUGUGGAACUGUGUGAAAUUUUGAAUCCUCACAACAAGCCUGGUAGGCUGACACUUAUCACAAGAAUGGGGGCUGAGAACAUGCGUGUCAAGCUCCCCCAUAUGAUCAGAGCAGUGCGCCAAGCUGGGAUAAUUGUCACCUGGGUCAGCGAUCCCAUGCACGGGAACACCAUCAGUGCACCGUGCGGGCUCAAGACAAGAUCAUUUGACGCAAUCAGGGCUGAGCUUAGGGCUUUCUUUGAUGUUCAUGAGCAAGAGGGGAGCUACCCCGGAGGAGUUCACCUGGAGAUGACAGGGCAGAACGUUACAGAGUGCAUUGGUGGAUCAAAUACGGUGACCUUCGAUGAUCUCAGCUCCCGAUAUCGCACGCACUGCGACCCUAGGCUGAAUGCGUCACAGUCGCUCGAGCUGGCCUUCGCCAUUGCUGAGAGGCUAAGGAAUAAGAGAGACAGGACAUGGAAUAGCUUGAUAUCUAGAGUAGAAGCUUAAGAUAUCAAGCUUAUGUUUCGUCCCUGCAAAAAUUAUCUGCAGCCGAUAGAGUAAUAGAUUUUCCAACCUAUAACCUUAUUCGGGUAAUAUAGGCACCAUCUGAUUUUGGAAAUACCGAGGAAGAUUUCUCAAAAUAAUUAAAUACCAUGUACUACUAUUCUUUAUUUCUUGAAAUACCCACUGUGCUUGGUUAAAUUUCUUUUUC